CUUGGGAUGUGAAGACCGUCCAUCAUCAGUAGUGAAAUUGUCGCGCACCUCAACCGAGGAAACCAAAUUGUUUCUCCCCACACUUUUGAUGCUUAUGUAUGGAGAUAGCCAGGAUAUAAAUGUCCAAUAAUCUCGUUUUGUAAAAUUUCAACAUUGACCAUUGACUAGUCUAGUUUCAAAUUACAAGUUACUGAUUACUAAUUACUGAUUACUUUAUUAAUAAUUAGUACGUACUUGUAAAACAUACUCAGUAAGUAGAUAGUAAGUGAAUUAGAUAGUGUUCAUUAUGGAAGGUCAAGAUAUCUUAUACGAAGUUAGAGGCAAAGUUGCCAUUAUCACAUUAAAUCUUCCUAAAAAAUUAAACGCGUUGAAUCAAGAUCAAUAUACUUUAUUAGGAAAAUUAGUGGAAAGAGCCGAUAAUGAAGAAGAUACAGUAUUAACUUUACUUCAAGCUACUGGAAGAUAUUUCAGUGCUGGAGCCAAUGUUGCUGAUAAGAAAAUGUCCAAUAUUGAUCCAAAGGUACUUUUCUCUCAUGAAUAUUGGUUAAGUACUUUUGUUGCUAGAAAUGUUUGGUUAACAGAAUUAUUCCAUAAUCAUAAGAAGAUUUUGGCUGCUGCUGUUAAUGGUCCAGUAAUUGGUUUAAGUACUGGAUUAUUAGCUUUAUGUGAUUUAAUAUAUGCUAUUGAUACUUCUAAAGUGUACUUGUUGGCUCCAUUUGCUAAUUUAGGUUUAGUGGCUGAAGGAGCUUCCUCAGCUACAUUAUUCCAUAGAUUAGGAUGGUCUAAAGCUUCAGAAGCCUUAUUGUUGGCCAAACCAAUUCCUGGAGAAGAAUUGGAAAGAUUAGGAUUUAUCAAUAAAUCAUACAAUGGUAAGUUUUCUUCAACGGAAGAGUUUAACCAAGCUGUUUAUGACGAAUUAGUAGGCUACUUUGAAAACUUACACGAAGACUCUAUUUUCCAAAACAAGCAAUUGUUGAAGGCACAAAGAGAUCAAUGGAUCACAUCGGCCAACUCAAGAGAAGUCAGUCGAGGAUUCUACAAGUGGCUUGAGGGAGUUCCUCAAUCUCGUUUUGUACAAAUCAGUCAGAAGGAGAUUAAGCACAAAUUGUGAGGGUUAUAGUUAGAUAGUUAUAAUAUGUUAGAUACAUCUAUUGUUAAAUACUUAUAUUAGAGAUACAUCUAGUAGUCUCUGAUAGUAAAAUAUAGUAAAAUAUAGUAAAAUAUAGUAAAAUAUA